AUGUUAUGGCAAAAACAGCAUGAAAACAGCAUAUCGCCGACCUCGGAAAACUUCAUUAGUCGCGGAACAUUCGUUAUAUCCAUCCGACAACUCCCAGCACCGAUAAUGGGAGAUAUGGUGUUGAAUCGAAAGCAAACCGAGUGGACUGUUAACGGCAGCAAAUAUCCGACAGCCCUCAACUCCGAGUUUGUACGCCAAACCCUCCCCCCACCCAAAAAGGAAAAUGAAUGCGCGCCCUCCGGAUUCACGACCGCAAAGUUGCUUGGGCAUAACAAGGGAUAG